GGCACGCGUUCCACGUUUGAAUUUAAACUCGCGUUUCAAAAUUCGAACACGGUGACCGUUUUGAAACUUUUUCUAUGAUGUGAGGUUCUGAAACUCGGCAACGUAUAAGUACCUACAUGAGUGCGCGAUAGUGACGCGUGUUUUAAUUUUGUGCUGCGUGUUUCGUUAUUCAUUGGGAAGAUUAAGAAUAAUAUGUACUAUUAGUGGAAAUGUAUGAAAAGUCGUAUGAAAAUAAGAUGAUGAAGCUUAUAGGCGCUAUGUGACCACAAUGGCCGGAGCGAUGUGAAUGAGCCAUGGCGGCGCGGUCCUGCCUCCUCGUUGCGCUUGCCUUCACUAUCGAAAGCGCAUGCUCACUACAGCUGCUGGAGCUCCGCGUUCCCUCGCACGUGGCGCGCGGCGCGCGCGCAGCGCUCGCCUGCCGCUGGCAGCUCGCGCCGCACGACGUGCUGUACUCCGUCAAGUGGUACAAAGACGGCAAGGAGUUCUUCCGGCACGUUCCUCGAGACCCGGAGCCAAGGAGGCGCUUCCCGCUGCCCGGGGUUUAUGUCGAGAACUCUGACUCGUCGGGCUCGAACGUGACGCUAGGCCCGGCCGAGCUGGCAACAGAGGGCCGCUACCGCUGCGAGGUGUCGGGGGAGCGACCGCUCUUCCCGACCGUGUCCGACCACGCCGAUAUGACCGUCGUCGUGGUACCGGAGAGCGGUCCAGCGCUGACCGGGUUCCGGUCGCGGUACCGCGCCGGCGAGCGCGUGCAGGCGGCGUGCGCGGCGGGGGCGGCGCGCCCGGCGCCGGCGUUGGCUUGGUACGUGAACGGCGAGCCGGCGCCACCCGCCGCGGUCGGGCCUCUGGCGCGUCGCGUGCACCUCGGGCUGGAGACGGUGAGCCUGCCGCUGGACUUCAGAGUCACCGAGGACCACUUCAGGAACAACGGGCUGAAAGUCAAGUGCCUAGCAACCAUUGAGUCGUUGUAUUGGCGCAGCAACGAGGAGAGCGCAGUGCGCGCGCGCGACAACUCAUAUGACACCAUGGAGCUGCGGCCGCGCGCCGACGCCGAUGCCGACGACGGCGAACCUAUCAGCGGCGCCGACGCCGACGUUGGAAGUAUCGGCGCCGCCGACGCUGGUAAAAACGGCGCGUAUGGUUGGCGCGUGUUCGGUGUAGUGAUCUGUAUUUGCUGUGUAAUAAAUGUUUUUUAA